ACUGCAAAGCUACAGGAGAAGAGACAUACUGUCCAUACAGGAUAUUAGACCCAGGUUGAUAUAAAACACAUUUUUGUUACAAAGGGAGACCCGGCUCCGUCAGUUUGGGGGCCGGAGGCUUGGUCUGAAAAUCGUUGAAGACCCUGCCGUAGUACCUUCCAGCCUCUUUGUUGACGUGUGUGUCAGCACCAGCAGCACCAGCAGCAGCAGCAGCGCGUGUUCACGUCGUUUCACAAUCAUUUCGGACACUUCCUGCUUUGGAGAGCGGAGCUGCGGCGUGCACGUCCCUCUGCCUCGGGACAGUCAUUGGUGUGACAUGAUAUAUGUGCGUUUCUGAAGCCCAGGACUGCAGUAGCUGCUGCUGCUGUUGGACUGUGACGCGUAGACUGUUUAUAUUUGGGGGGAAGAAAGAAAACGAGUCGCAGCGCUGCACUCUGAGUGCGCCACCGUCAGGAGGCACAGAACAGGAACAGGAUUCAAACAGGUGUCCGGUGCGUCCCAUCAGCCCCGAGGAGGAGGAGGAGGAGGUGAAGGAGGGGAAGAGGAAGGAAGCGGACAGAGAAAGAAAAUUAAAAAAAUAAAUAAAACGACACGCGUGAAUCUUGUUAAUUAACAAACGGACAAUUAUGCCAAAAACGGUGUCAUUUUUCAUGUGUAAAACGAGCGCUCCUUUGACGGGAGCUUGACAAGAGGACUUCCCCCGUUCUCCUCCACCACCUCAUAUCUCCCCUUGUCCGUUCUCCCUCAGAGAAGGAAGAGGAUGUGGUAGCAGAGGAGUAGAGAGGCGGUGACAGACAUCACCCACGGGACAGGCCCACGGAGCCACGCUGCUAACAGGUGUGUCUGAGGAGGACACGCCGCUCCACAGCUGCACCGGCCCCGGUCCGACCCUAACCUGCUCCCACCUUCCAGUCCCACCUCCUGAAAUUACGACCAAGCGGCGGCGGGUGUGGAGUUCCACUCGGUGCUCAGGGCAUCCCAGUGUGCGCUUUUCUUUUCCUCUUUUCGGCGCAGAUUUCCAUUGGUGCGUAACAGCAGAGAGUUGAGAAGGAGGAGGAGGAGGAGGAGGAGGGAGACAAACGGCUAAUUUGGGACUUUGUUGCGAGGUUAUGUUUGGUUUCAUUGUGGAAAUUAAAUUUCCGGACUUUAUUCUGUUUUCGUGCUAAGCGGGACCUUCAGGGGUAUUUCCUUGAUUUAUUUUUUAUUUUUUGUACUACAUGUAAAGGCUUCGCCACCGUUGGUCGAAUUUAGCCUAAUUUGAACGGACACAGCGUGCAGGCCUGACCCGUUCAAACAAAACUGUUCGUUAUUUGAAAAUGACAACGAAAAGGAGCAGCAGUGUGUCGGACAAGGUGGCCACUUCCACCUCCACCACCAGCACCACCAGCACCAACCACCAGCAGAGCAGCCGGAGUCCCAGCAGCUGUGGCAGCGCGGCUCCACCAGCGGCGUCCGAGGCGGUGGUGGCAGAGAUGUUCGGUGAAUUUCAGGACUGGUGCCUGAGGACGUACGGAGACUCCGGGAAGACCAAGACCGUGACCCGGCGCAAAUACAACAAAAUCCUGCAGACGCUGCUCGCCGGGGACGAGGAGCACAGCAACGGGAUGUUCCUGCACGAAAAGAGCAACAGCCACUCCAACGCCAAAUUUAAAUUCUGGGUCAAGUCGAAGGGUUUCCAGAUCAGGACUAUGGCCGACGGCAAGAGCAGCUCCCCGGACAGACCGGUGCUCUAUGUCCCCAUCAAGGCGACGUGUGUCGACAGCGUGUCUGGUGUUGAUUCUUCACUCAAACGUGUAGCAGUGGUGGAGGAUUUCUUCGACAUCAUCUACGCCAUGCACGUAGAAAUCAGCACCGAUCCUGGAAAAGCACCGAAACACGCCGGACAGAAGAAAACCUACAAAGCUAUCGCCGAGACGUACGCCUUCUUGCCCAGAGAGGCAGUGACUCAUUUCCUGAUGAGCUGUGGAGAGUGUCAGAAGAGGAUGCACAUCAGCACCACAGGACAGGACUACAAAGAGAACGACAGGCCCAGCUCCCUGGUGUCAGAGGUCAUAGACUACAACAUGCCGCUCACCACCACCUACAUGAAACAGAUGAAACUGCAGUGUAUGAACAACAACAAGCAGGAUGACAGUUCACUGAGCAGCGAGGAGGAGGCAGAGAUGAGCGAGCCCACAUGGCUAGCAGCUGAUCUGGGAGCAGCAUCUGACCUAAGUCCGCCCAGUCGAGGAGAGAGGAUGCGCCACAGCCCACAGAACGCACACGGCAAGGAGGACGAUGAUGAUUCAUCAUCAGAGAGCGGCAGUGGCAAUGGCCUGCCUGCGUUGACCCCUCCCUCCUCCGCCGUGACGGAUGGCGCCAUCGUCAGAGAAACCAAGGUCUUCAAUGGCAACGGCGCCCCCAUUCCGCUCGACUUCAGCACGCCCACUUCUUCAUCCUCGUCGUCAGAGGACCAGCAGCCGAUGAACCUGAGCGACCCCCUCCCUCAGCGUCUGCCGCUGCCCACCACUCACCUGCCCGUCACUGUGUCCGCAGCAGCCGCCGCUCUGCUCGGAGCUCUGCACCCCAACGCGCCGGAGGAGCUCCGCAGGAAGUACCCGCUGGCGGCCAAACCCCCCCUGGCUCCACACCCAGCCCUGCCACUGCCACACACACACACUGCUCACACACACAAUGCACACACUCCAAACACACACUCCCACACAAACUCCACGGAGCUGCGGUUGGACCGAGACAGCAGGGACUACGGGGGGAAGUCUCCUCAGUACAGCUCCGGUGGCAGCUACGACAGCACGAAGAUGGACCUGGGUGCCGAGGACCUGACCACGGGGCGUCAGGUGGGCCCUGACGACGAUGACGACGACCAUGACGACCACGAUGACAAUGACAAGAUCAACGACACGGAGGGAGUGGACCCCGAGAGACUAAAGGCCUUCAACAUGUUUGUGCGUCUGUUCGUGGACGAGAACCUGGACCGGAUGGUGCCGAUCUCCAAACAGCCUAAGGAAAAGAUCCAGGCCAUUAUUGAGUCCUGCAGCAGACAGUUCCCAGAAUUCCAGGAACGCGCUCGUAAGCGUAUCCGUACCUACCUCAAAUCCUGCCGACGCAUGAAGAAGAAUGGCAUGGAGACCCGUCCAACUCCACCUCACCUCACCUCAGCCAUGGCUGAGAACAUUCUGGCCGCUGCCUGUGAGAACGAAUCACGCAACGCUGCAAAGAGGAUGCGCCUGGAAGCCUAUCAUGAUGAGCAGAUCUCAUUGGACAAGUCGUCCAGCGGUGGAGGAGGUGUGAGGGAGCCGGCGUCCCUCGCCCACUCCGCCUACUCCCUGGCCACAUCUGCCUUCUCCUCCCAGGACGCCCAGCUCUACAUUAACGGUGCUGGCUUAAGCUAUGGUUUCCGUGGAUACCCGGGCCUGGGCGCUGCCAUGCAACACCCCAUCUCCCUGACGACCGGCACUGCUGCACAGACUAAUGGACCCACCGACCUCAGCAUGAAGUCUCUCUCCUCUGCCAACAUUAGCAACUCCUGCUCAUCCACCGCCGCCAACAGCCUCGGCGGACGAGGCAGUGGAGGCGGUGGAGGGGGCGGGUCCUCGACCCAGCUCAGCCAACCGGAGAUCACAGCUGUGCGUCAGCUGAUCGCCGGCUACCGGGAGUCUGCUGCCUUUCUGCUUCGCUCGGCAGACGAGCUGGAGAACCUCAUACUACAGCAGAACUGAUCCGAGGGAAACACAUCCAAAACACACA